CCCUUUCCCACAUUCUCUCUCCCUGUAUAUAUAAAACCACCAUCACCUUAUAUCUUCAACCAGUUUCAAAACAAACUUUAGAUAUAGCCAAAACCAAACACACAAUCUGUUUCUCUCAAUUCUCCAAUUCAUCUGUGAGCACCCAUUUACACAUUUCAAAGCACAAAUGAGAAACUCAGUGCUAGUGCCACUGAUCUUGCUUGUUCUUGCUGGUUUUCCAUCGAAGGCAAAAGGGUAUCUGCAACCAUUAACAGAUCGUCCUGGUGCACUCUGGGCUGACAUAUGGUCUGAUCGUUUCCUUGAUCCGUAUCGUGUGUUGGAACAAAUCCCAUUUGGGGUUGGCAAAGAUCAGGCAUCCAUGGCUGUGUCACCUGCGCGAGUAGAUUGGAAGGAGACACCAGAGGGGCAUGUAAUAAUGAUCGACGUGCCAGGGUUGAAGAAAGAUGAGAUAAAGAUAGAAAUUGAGGGUAAUAGAGUCCUGAGAGUGAGUGGAGAAAGGAAGAAGGAGGAGGAGAAGGAAGGCGAUCACUGGCAUAGAGUGGAAAGAUCUUAUGGAAAAUUUUGGAGGCAGUUCAAAGUACCAGAGAAUGUGGAUUUUGAUUCUCUCAGGGCUAAGUUAGAGAAUGGAGUGCUUACUCUCACCAUGGCCAAGUUGUCACCUGAUAAGAUCAAAGUUUCAAGGCUGGUUAGCAUUGCAGAGGAUGAUCAAGGGAAACAGGAUCUUUGA